UAGCGUGUUGAUUGGCAGCGUGUAGGUGCGGAUGGCCCAGAGCAGGCGGGGCCGGGUUGUUUGUAGAGCUGACGGCCCUGCUGGGCACUUUUCCUCUAAACCAUUUCCAAUCCCGUCACAUCCGCUGCUUGGUGGAGUUUGGGAAGUUACUUGGCAAUUGUUUGCAAAAAAGAGGAGGCGCGAAACGGCGGGAGGCGCCCUCAGGCUGCCCCAACCAGAAGAAACUUUCUUCGUGGUGUAGUCAAGGGACGAGCGGAGGGGUGGUCUAAGCAGGUAUGCGAGGAAGAAGAGACGCCGAUUCCGGGAAGGUGAGAUGAAGCCGGGGCGUCGAGGAACCUUCCUAUCGCCUCUCUGCUGUUGCUCCACGAAGCAGGGUCUGCGCGGGCAGCCCCUCUCUGUUUAAUCCUCGCCGCGCGUUUGGGCUCCGGGAUGGGCAGGUCGCUGGCUGCUGGGUAUCUCCUGCUCUUCGUGGCCGUCGCCACCGGGCGUAGCCGAGCUCCUUUUACUCUUCCCCUAAAAGUGUCUCCCCCGGUCGCCCCCGACGGCUCUCUUGUACCCACGCCCGUGCUGCUGAAGCCCCGGAGUAGCAGCGACGGGACGGGCAGCUCGCCGCAGCAGGAAGAGGCGGCGGGCUUGGCCUUGGCUUCGGAUCCCAGCGGCUCCGUCAACUUCAUGGCUAUGGUGGAAAACCUACAGGGAGAUUCGGGACGCGGCUACUACCUCGAGCUGCUCAUCGGCACCCCGCCGCAGAAGCUAAAUAUUCUGGUUGAUACUGGAAGCAGCAAUUUUGCUGUUGCAGGUCCACAAAAUGCAGAUCUGACUUCCUACUUCAACAAAGAAGAAUCAAGCACAUAUAAGUCACUGGGCAUUGAGGUCACUGUUAAAUAUACACAAGGAAGUUGGAUAGGAACUCUUGGCACAGAUGUCAUUACUAUGCCUAAAGGAAUCAACGGGACUUUUACUAUCAACAUUGUAACCAUCUCUCAGUCUGAGAAUUUCUUCUUAAAAGGUGUUCAAUGGCAUGGAAUCCUUGGACUUGCCUAUGAUGCCUUGGCCAAGCCCUCAAGUUCUGCGGAGACAUUUUUUGAUUCUCUCGUGAAUCAAGCCAAGAUCCCCAAUAUUUUUUCGCUACAGAUGUGUGGAGCUGGUUUGCCUGUUUCUGGAACUGGUACCAAUGGAGGUAGUCUUGUCCUGGGUGGAAUUGAACCAAGCCUAUACAAGGGGGAAAUCUGGUACACACCUAUUAAGAAAGAGUGGUAUUACCAGAUUGAAAUACUCAAAUUUGAGGUUGGAGGCCAAGACCUUAAUUUGGACUGUAAAGAGUACAAUGCAGAUAAAGCUAUUGUAGACAGUGGCACCACUCUUCUGCGCCUGCCAGAAAAAGUCUUCAAUGCUGUUGUGGGAGCAAUUAUACAGACGUCCUUGAUUCAAGAAUUCUCAUCUGGAUUUUGGAGUGGCAUAGAGCUUGCUUGUUGGGAUAAAACUGAAAGACCUUGGACCUUCUUUCCUAAGAUAUCUAUCUAUCUGAGAGAUGAAAAUUCCAGCAGAUCAUUUAGAAUCGCUAUCCUUCCACAGCUUUAUAUUCAGCCUGUUCUUGAGAUUGGACAGAAACUAGGCUGUUAUCGGUUUGGCAUCUCCUCUUCUACCAGUGCCCUGGUCAUCGGUGCUACAGUAAUGGAAGGAUUCUAUGUCAUCUUUGAUAGAGCUCAAAAAAGAGUGGGCUUUGCAUUAAGUACUUGCGCUGAAGCUGGUGGUUCUCCAGUAUCUGAGAUUGAAGGCCCUUUUGAAACUACAGAUGGAGCAAGCACUUGUGUGUCCACAAUAUCCUUCCAUGAACCAUUGUUGUGGAUUGUGUCCUAUACACUGAUGAGCUUCUGUGGACUUUUCCUUCUUGUGCUCAUUGUCAUGCUGCUGCUGCCACCUCGGUGUCGCCAUCAUUAUACUGACAAUGAUAUUGUAAAUGAUGAAUCAUCCUUAGUACAGCAUCGAUGGAAAUGAAGAAUUCAAUCAAAGCUCAAGGAAUCCUUGCACUUUGCUUAGCAGAACUAUGGAUGGGUUAUUCCAACCAAAGGUAGAAGAAGCCCACGCUUCACUCCUUGCAAACUUAUACACAUGUUUCAUCAGAAGAUGUCCUCCAAUUCUGCUGCAUCGUAAUUUUUAAUCUUUAUUUUCUAACAGGUUUUUGAACCAAAUACAUAUAUAUACAACUCCAAGCGCUGUUCCUAGUCAACAACUGUACAGCUGAGCCAAUUUGUACAUUUUUAAAAAUGCUAAAUCCAUAUUCCGUACUUCCAACAAGAUUAGCUUCUCUACCCCAUGCCCACCCUAUGAAAAAAACAAAAAUAUGUAUGUAUGGUUUUGGUGAGCUAUUAGUCAAACUUUGAAUGUCUAAUCAGACUGAUGAACCAAUAGAUAUUUGUUUUUCUUAUCAGCCACUUUUUAAAAAUCACUUUGUUGCUUAUGAACUGCAUCUACAUCAGUGGUCAAUAGAAAGAGAGGUUAGUCCUUUAUGCAGAAGGAAGAAGCAAGGCAGACUAAAGAGAUUUUUUUUCUUUCAAAUGAGGAGCGUAUCUGUUACUUUCAAUGGAUCUCUCUUUGUAACUCUCAGAAGAGAUGAAGUAGGAAAGAACAUUGAAACCAAAACCUAUUGUGCAGCCUUAAUAUAAAACAAGACUACCUCUGAAUUUACAAGGAUGUCAUUCACAAAUAUGAUGCAGGUAGAUCUGCUCUUCACAUUGAGAAAUAUCCCAUUCCACAGGAGUAUAGCGCAACUGCUUAGCUCCUUUCAGCUGUCCUUUUGAGCUUUUUUCCACAUAAUGACAUUUUAAAACAUUUGAUUUUACCACCCACGUUAGCAUCCUGUUUUCUGAAUUCAUGCAUAACAAAUCUUUGAAUGGGCUUUUGGAGCCUUUGUACAUCCAUCCUCCAAAGCAGAUGAGCUAUAAGGGCAAGUGUCUCUCUUUACACCUUUUGGACGUCUCUAAUGACUAGAAAUUGAAAUGAAAACAAUGCAUUGUAAGGUGAAUCUGUUCAACUGAAAGGUGGCCCAUUUGGCUGAGGCUACAGUCGUGAAAGGCAAAGGGGCCUUUUUUCAUGAAUGAACAGUGAGCUAGGAGGUGGACCAGUUGAUUAAUACAGACAUUUUUUAAAGCCUCAUAUGGGUUGCACUUUAAGCAUGGCACAGAUACAACACUAGGAGCUUAUGUGCACACAAGUAUCUCAUCCCAUGCCAAAUCCUGCCUCCCAUGUAGUUUUGUAUUUCUGUGUUCAAAGACAGCCUGUGCUAAAAUCAGUAUAUGGCAACAGCGUGCCUACAACUAAUUUAGAGCAGUCCUUGCCACCCCAAAAGCUUUCACAGGCUGAAACACUUGUAUGAAUAGGCCUUGCCUUAACUCAGUAUUUCAACCUCUGUGUGUGGGCGGGGUGUGUGUGUGUGUGUGUGUGUGUGUGUGUGUGUGUGUGUGUGUGUGUGUGUGUGUGUCCAAAAGCACUGAAAACAAAACUCAUGAGUUUGGAUAGGUUUCUAGUUAAGAAUCAAACUAUAGUUGUAUUAAAUUAGUAAAGUAGUUGUAUCAUUCAGUUUUCCUUUAUACUUAAUGAUCCAAUGUUACAGAAACUGGGAAACCCUGUAAUUAUGAUAAAAGAGGGUGCAAUCUCUUCACCCUCCUCUAAUGAUUAUCACACUGUAUUAAAAUUCUUCCACGUGCUUGGCUGAGCAUUCAUAUUGGAUGUUUGAUGUUCAAGCAAGGGUGUGAAAAAUAGCAGUGUUUGUCAGACUGGUGGCCUAUACACUUUCCUCUUCACAUUUUCCACAGUUCUGGUCCUGUUGCACAUCACAUUUUUGAUCCUCUCCUGGAUGCCAGAAGUGUAAGCUUCCUAUACAAGCUCAUUAUGACACAAGCACUAGAGCCAAUUCAACCACUGAAGUCAAGAACAGAAACUCUGCUUUGCAAAGAUUUCCAUUUCAUAUCUGUACCAUUCCCAUAACACAUUUGGUUGGGAACCUUGCCUUCCAGAGUUUCUUGCAUGAUAAAUCAAAAUAUCUUGCGUGAUGGGAUUUUGUCUAGAAUAGGUAAACUAUGUGGGGAAAAUUCUGAUUCAAGAUAUUGAUUAUUCAGUGCUGUUAAGCAGUUCUGAAACUAAAGCCACCAUACUGUUUUCCUUUUAUUCUUCAAUCAGAAAGGCACAAGGGUCAGAGAAAACUAGUUUUCUGUUUAGAGGGAAGUAAAUUAGUCUGCUCCACUCCUAAUUUGAUUUUUCUGGUCCAUAACUAAUGUUCAAAAGCAAGCCUUUUUUCUUGCAUUUUCUCUUUAAAAUCUAAUUAUUUUUUGCAUAUAAUGUGGAAUCUCUUCAUCACAUGGUAAGCAGUAAGCUAUUGUCUGUAUGAAGAACCAAGACCCUUGAAACACGAAGGGGGGAAAAUGUACUGGCUGAUUUGAGUAUCAUUCUAAGUUUACUUUUUAAUGACAAUUAAAUUUAUCAGGAGCUUUUUACUCCACAGUAUUUCACACCAGUGCCUAUUAGCUAGUUCUUUCAUUGUGAAUGUUAUUGGUGGUUAGGACACUGUAAAUAUAAAUACUUGAAAUAAAUAAGCAAUAAUAAAAUAA